GAGCGGAGCGGGGCAGAGCAGAGCAGAGCCGAGCCGAGCCGCGGCGGCUGCAGGUGAGGCGGGGCCCGGGGCGCGGGCGGCCGCGGCGGGGAGAGUUCCCCGGGGCCGGCGCGGGAUGGAAGUUGACAGCGGCGGCGGAGCAGCCAUUGUCUGUCCGGCCCGGCCCCGGGCAGCUCCCCCGCGCAGCCCCGCUCGCUCCCCCGGGCAGCCGCCGCCCGGCUUCGGGCAUCCUGCGGCGCAUCCCGCCUCCCGCCGCGGCGGGGCUGCGGGCACAGCACGGGCGGGCAGGGCGCCCGCACGCCGUGUCGGAUGAACUUUGCUGCCGGAGUUGCCGGCGGCCUGGGUGGCUGCCGCCGCGCUGUCCCCUGCCAUCCUCCCCUCCUUCCAUCCUUCCUUCCCUCUCUCUUUCCCGCCGCCGGCCGGGCGAGGCGCUCGGCGGGGAAAGGCGGGCUGGGCACCGAGGGGUGGGGACCAGGUGCUGCGAGGGUCCUGCAGUGCUGGAGCGUCGCACCCGCUGCUGCUUCCAGAGCAUCCCAGAGCAGAGUCAGCUUGUCCCGGCAGUUCCGCACUUCUGCUUGUGUGGCUUGGAAACUAUUGUAGAAACAUACAGUAUCAGCAGCGAGGAUGCUGUAGUACUGGGUGCUAGCUUUGCUCCUCCAAACCUGUGGUGUAAACCCGUGGAAAUCUUACGUGUUUCCUAACUUAGUUUCUCAAGGAUGAAGUGACAAAAUCACUUAAGAAAGUUAGAAUAUGUUGUGCGGGCAGCAGUCGUGUCCCGGGGGAAUGGAUGGGGUGAGCAAGUAAAACUUUUCAACCUCCUACCUAGUGCUUAGUGAUUAGAGUAUAGUUUGGCUUGACUUUGUCUGCUCUUGUGCUUGAGAAAGGUCGGGAACUUGUAGAUGGGCCACCUGAGGUGUUCUCGGUGUGUGCUGGGAUCCGCAACUGUGGGUUAGGUUCUGGAGUGGCCCAUGUUCUCAUGCUUGUACUGCUGUCUGAGCCAGUUUUAUCCCUUCUCCUUCCCGUCCUUUUUGCUGUGUGGACAUUCCUGCCAUGGUGCUAAAAAGCUUUUGUAUCCUUCUGUGUCUGUCUUUUAGGGAUGCAGUUCUAGCUAUUGUUCAAAGGUUAAUUUCCAGUAGAGGCCACGUUGUUAACUGUGUGUUAGUUUUCCUUUUUUGGUUUGUUUGUUUGGAAAAUCCAUGGUUUAAUAAUUUUUAGUAGGUUAUCCAUCUCACGGAGCAGCUAGCUGAGUCAAGUGAUGUGAUAGCCCAGUGAUCACUAGGUUUUUGUAAGAGGAAAAUGCUUGGGGGUGCAGUUGGAGGAGGGGAGAGUGUGUAAUUCUCCUAUUUUGUGUGGAAAUGGCCUGUGUUUGGAUCAGAUUACACUAACAUGGAGCUGCAUCCUUAGAUGAACUUGCUUGGGAAAAUGCUGUGCCUUUUCACUUUUGUCUUUGGAAAGAGUUUUGCUGGGUAACUCUGCUUGCUGUAAGUGACUUAAAAUUCUUACUUACCACCCUUCUGCAAAGUGAGCAUAUGCUUCUCUGUCCACAUCUCCAAAAGGCAUUCUGCCUACAAAGAGAGUAAAAUUUUUCUAUGCCAGAGGUGUUUCAGUAAGAUUCUGUUUAUGCUAGGACCUGAUUUUAGUAAGCUCUAGAUCAAUAUGGAGCUCUCAAAAAUGCUGGAAAUCUUAGGAAUCGGUGGUGCUGCUUACUGAUGAAACACAGAUUGAUUGGUGGAGUAGAGCACCAGGGCAGAAGCCUGGUUUCUCCUGGUGAAGCUGUUGAGGACAAGGGUAUUUGCUGUAGCUAAGGUGAACAUCAGUUACAUCCUUUCCUCUCUCAUGGGCACUUGUGGCAUCACAAGUAAGGUAAUUCAACUCAGUGAUCUGGCAGGAAAUAGGGUUUUAGGUACCUUUUCUGCAGUUACCAAGUUGAUCUAAUGAGCCCCAGAAGCGAGGUGAAGGAGAAGGAGCAUUGGGAAGUUGAGGUGGGCAAGGGAACAUAAAUUGUUUCCUAAUGGCAUCUGAGCUACUGGAGAACUUGGUGCAAUGUGUGUAGCUUCAUGUGCAUUUUAACCCCACUGAAAGUACUUUAUUUAUCCACCACAGUUUCAUUCUUUCAAAAAGUCUGUAUUCUCUCCCUUCUCUCUGUUUAUUUUCAGGCUUCAUUUAAUCUUUUCCUCUCUGGAGAAGAUCUUUAUGGCAGUUGCUUCUCCAAGAGCUUUUAUAUUCUAGGUAGGUUUAUUGACAAGUUGUUUCUGGCUGAAAUAGGGUUGUGCCUGAAGACAGUAGUGGCCAGUUAGGAAGAGGUGUGUCUCAGUUGAGGAGAUGGUGGCCACUGCUGAAGUAGUGCAGGAAGCCAGUUUUGCAUCAGCAGGGAGAUGCCUGGGCAGGGCUUGAGGGCAGAGGUGAAGAUGUAUUUGGAAGACCGGACUGGAGCAGCAGCACUCUGCUUGCCAGUUAAAGAAUUUUUCAGAUUUUGAGGAGCAGGUUUGAAGCAGCAGUUCCCUGAUUUAGCCACCCAUCCUCUGCAGAGUUAAUGCUGUUGUCCUACUUUGAAGUCAUCUGCUACCCUUAGCACCAUUUCAGAAUUUAAAAAGUUGUCUGGCUGAGAGUAUUGUUGUGCCUCCUUUUCUGCUGCACAGGUCUAUUUGCUUAUACACCAAGAAAAUGUUUGGCGAAGGUUGUAAAGCUCAGAAUCUCUGGAUUUAAAAAGGGCUAGAUAAAGGGGCUGUGCUGGUGCUCUGGCUCCUAAAAGCUCAUUUACAGGGGCCUCAUUUAGAGGUCUCAGAUAUGCUACAGAGGAACCAGCUGGUACUUAAAAAACAAAUAGGCUGUCUCAGUGAUAAGACUUACCAGAAGUAUUUUUUUAAAAAUUUUACAUGGAGUUUUAAAACGUCAGGUUGGUUUUCUUUUUUUUCUGGUGGAAUUCUUUUGUAUAAUCACUUUUCUCUCCCUUUUCUGACUCUAGCCCCUGCUGCUGCUACUCCCUGUUUAGCUCAUGUUUCUUGCUACAGGAAACUCUCAUAUCAUCUCAAUGUGCUACUCUUCUACUAAGUACUCUCUCUUCAGUCUCACUUCUCUUCCUCUUAGCUGAUGAAAGCCUUCUCCAGUCCUUUCUCAGUCCUAGAAUUCACUGCAACUCGUCUUUCUGCUGCUGGAAGGUCUCCCUGGUUCUGCAUAGCCUCUUCAUGUCAUGAAAAGAGCAGCUUUUGCCUCACAAGUGUUGCCAGUGAACACUUCAUCCACUCUGCUUCUGUUCCUCCUGAAAGGAACUUGCCACCACAGAUACCAGCUUCUAAUCUAAUAUUCAAGUUAAAAUCUGUUUGGAGCAACAAGUAGCUGGAAAGUUUGUGUGAUCAGAAGAAGAAACAGUCGAGGGCUGGGGGCUAAACUGGGAGAAAGAGAGACUGAGUUGGUAUCAGUAGGGCAUUGGAGCUGAGGGACUGGAGGAAGAGAGGCUCAGAAAUUGCCAAAGUGCAUUGGAGGACUGAAAGCACAGUGCAAUUCCCCUCAGUUUGCUAGUCUCUAUUGAAAGGAGAGGCACUCAGGUCUGUAACCAGAACUGUUUCAAUGAGCUGCAGCUGUUUCUUCAUUCCCCUACCUUUUUAAGAGUUCAGGAUGCUGUAGCUUGCAACUAUAGCAUGGCAAUAAAAUAUGAGAAUAUGCACAUUACGUUUCUGAUGGUGGUAAUAAAAGAUUUAAACUCUGAGUAAGAUUUCUGGGUGAUUUUAGAAUCCCAGCUUCCCUGGUCCCUGCAAUGUAGCAAAGAUGUGCAGGGAGACUGGUAUUGAGAUAUUCUAGUACAAAAGGUAUGUAAUGUAGUGAAAUACAGUUUGGUUCUUUCUGCAGCCUGACUUAGUUUCCAAUUCUUUCAAUGUAGAUCUGGAGUCCAUCUCAGCCUGAGCUCCUGGGAUCCUGUCGCCAUGGAGACUGAAAGUGAGCAGAACUCCAACUCCACCAGCGGGAGCUCCAGUUCUGGAGGAAGCACCCGGCCUCAGAUCUCGCAGAUGUCUCUCUAUGAGCGACAGGCAGUACAGGCUCUGCAGGCACUCCAGAGACAGCCCAAUGCAGCCCAGUACUUCCAUCAGUUUAUGCUCCAGCAGCAGUUUAACAGUGCCCAACUUCACAGCCUGGCUGCUGUCCAGCAGGCUACAAUUGCAGCCAGUAGACAGGCCAACUCCCCCAACACUAGCACCUCGCAACAGACCACCACCACCCAGGCUUCUAUCAACCUUGCCACCACCUCAGCUGCUCAGCUGAUCAGUCGGUCCCAGAGCGUGAGCUCCCCGAGCGCCACCACGCUGACGCAGUCUGUGCUCCUUGGGAACACCACCUCACCACCUCUCAACCAGUCACAAGCUCAGAUGUACCUUCGGCCGCAGCUGGGGAACCUGUUGCAGGUGAACCGGACCUUGGGCCGCAAUGUGCCUCUCGCCUCCCAGCUCAUCCUGAUGCCCAAUGGGGCUGUGGCUGCUGUCCAGCAGGAGGUACCACCCACUCAGAGUCCUGGGGUCCACGCAGACACAGACCAGGUGCAGAACUUGGCUGUGAGGAGCCAGCAGACCUCUGCCACUAACGCCCAGCUCCAAGGCUCUGCUCAGAAGACAGCCCUGACAGGCAGCUCCCAGGCUUCGGGCUUACCGCAGGCCAGCAGCACGGGCCAGACCAUGGCAGUGGCGCAGGCCUCCUCCAGCGGGGCAGGCCAGUCCCUCAACCUGAGCCAGGGAGCAGCGGGCAGCAACGGUGUCUCCGGGGGUGUGGUGGCCAGUGGUGGGAGCCAGCCCUCAAUGGGACUGAGCCAGAGCUCCUCAGCCGGUGCUGCUGGCAGUUGCCAGAGGAAGGGCACCGGGGUGGUUCAGCCGUUGCCGGUGGCGGCUGCCCAGGCCGUGACUGUCAGCCAGGGGAGCCAGACAGAGACGGAGAACGCAGCUGCAAAGAAGGGUGACACAGACAGUGGUGGACAGCAAACGGUGGGCAUGAACCUCACCAGGACCGCUACACCAGCACCCAGCCAGACGCUGAUCAGCUCAGCGACAUAUACGCAGAUCCAGCCACACUCGCUGAUCCAACAGCAGCAGCAGAUCCAUCUGCAGAAGCAGGUGGUGAUCCAGCAGCAGAUAGCCAUUCAUCACCAGCAGCAGUUCCAGCACCGCCAGUCCCAGCUCCUCCACACAGCCACCCAUCUCCAACUGGCUCAACAACAGCAACAGCAGCAAGCAGCAUCUCUGACCCAGCAGCAGCAGCAAGCUCAGACUCCACAGCAGCAGGCUCCCCCUCAAAACCAGCAGCAGGCACAGACCCUUGUGGUGCAACCUAUGUUGCAGUCCCAGCCACCGCAUUUACAGCUCCAGCAGGACAGUCCGUGCCAGCCAGCCACCAAAUCACCUGUUCCUAUCCAGUCAAAAUCUCUGGUCACCCCCAUCAAACCCCCUCAGCUUGGGCCUGCCAAAAUGUCAGCAACACAGCAGCCUCCGCCACACAUCCCGGUGCAGGUAGUGGGCACUCGGCAGCAGGGCUCAGGCCAAGCCCAAGCUCUGGGCUUGGCUCAGAUUGCUGCAGCGGUGCCGACUUCCCGGGGAAUGCCAGCUGUAGUCCAGCCUGUUUCCCAAACCCAUGCUGCUUCCCCAUCAUCAUCUUCAGCUCCAGCGUCCUCACAGGAAGCUCCCCCUCUCACCACAGGGGUGAAUUUGGCACAAGUUCAAGGCACAGCCCACAUGGUGAAGAGCCCAGCUUCCUCUCCAGUUGUGGCUCAGAUGCCAGCAGCAUUCUACAUGCAGUCUGUCCAGUUGCCAGGCAAAUCUCAGACCUUGGCAGUAAAGCGCAAGGCAGAGUCAGAGGAAGAGAAGGAGGAGCCAGCCACUGUCACCACACUCCUGCCUGCCAGGUCCUCUCCCGUAACAGACAGCCCCAAAAACAUGGAGGAGAAGAGUGGCCUUGGAGAUAAUUCUGAUACCGCUGCCAUUGCAACCCCAAAUGCCACAUCAAGUGAAGGAGUCUCGGCCACCCCCACCUCUGCUUCCACCCCAAACCUGGCACUGGUGUCACGUCAGAUGGGAGACUCCAAACCUCCUCAAGCCAUUGUCAAGCCCCAGAUCCUCACACACAUCAUUGAAGGCUUUGUCAUCCAGGAGGGAGCAGAGCCCUUUCCAGUGGGUUGUUCUCAGCUGCUGAAAGAAUCUGAGAAACCACUGCAGGGAGAGCCUCCGUCUGGUCAGAAUGAAAACCUGUCCAGCAAUUCUCUGGGAGAGGAUAGUGCUUCCAUGGAGCUUGACAAGAAGGCAAACUUGUUGAAGUGUGAAUAUUGUGGGAAGUAUGCCCCAGCGAGCCAGUUCCGUGGCUCCAAGAGGUUUUGUUCCAUGACCUGUGCUAAAAGGUACAAUGUCAGCUGCAGCCAUCAGUUCCGGCUGCAGAGAAAGAAGAUGAAGGAAUUCCAGGAAGCCAACUAUGCCCGUGUGCGCCGACGGGGACCACGGCGCAGCAGCUCCGAAAUUGCUCGAACGAAGAUCCAGGGCAAGCGCCACAGGGGCCAGGAAGACUCGAGUCGAGGCUCUGAUAACUCCAGCUAUGAUGAAGCUUUGUCCCCUACAUCUCCAGGACCCCUGUCAGUAAGGACCAGUCAUGGAGAGAGGGACCUGGCAAACUCUAAUAUGGCCCCCCCUACCCCAGAUCUACAUGGCAUCAACCCAGUCUUCCUGUCCAGCAAUCCUAGUCGUUGGAGUGUGGAGGAAGUGUACGAGUUCAUUGCAUCAUUGCAAGGGUGCCAGGAAAUUGCUGAGGAAUUUCGGUCACAGGAAAUUGAUGGUCAGGCCCUGCUGCUUCUGAAGGAGGAACAUCUCAUGAGUGCCAUGAACAUCAAACUGGGACCAGCUCUCAAGAUCUGUGCCAAGAUCAAUGUCCUCAAGGAAACCUAAGAAUUCUGAAACCAGAGGUCUCACUUUUGCUCUGGCCCCAGGGCAGCUGCCAGUUUUGGAGCAUCCUGCUGGGGUGGGGAAGAAUGGGACAGUCCCCUGUGGUCUUGCAUUCAAGAAGAACAAGAAGGAAUUUAACUGAUUGAAACUGCCAUGCACAAGCCCAUCUCUUGGUCUCUUAAUGGUGCUACAACGUUGAGGAAAACUGCCACCUGGGGCCUUUAAACAACUUUCCUUCUUCCUGAUUUUCAAUAUGCCUCCCCUUUAUACACCACAUAAAGAUGUUAAAGGGAUCUCUUUCUGUCUUAAAAGAUUUCUGAAAGGGAGCUGCCCUCAACCCUUUCUGCCACAGCAGGUCUGCUAGAUCUUAGCUUUGAAUAUCAUUGCCAGAACUCAAGGCAUAGGAAGAGCUGGCCCCGCACGGACAGUGGGAGCACCUGUGCUUGGGGCUUUUAUGAAGGGGAAAUAGCACAUUGCAAGUGACAGAGGUGACAAACAAUAAUUUGAGCAAAAGGGGCUGCUGCUUUUCCACUUAUAAAAAUACCUAGGCUGCUCAUGAACUGGGUUUAAUAGCCAUUCCAGCAUGCAUACCAAACUUGAAGGCCUGUGGCAAUAGGAUCUGUCUUGUCUUCACUCUGCAUGUCUACAGGAGACAGUAAAGCUAAAGUGUUGUGGCAGCUAUUCACUCCAAGUGCUCCUCUCAGAACCAGUCAGAGGAUUUUUCCUGAGUACUUAUGACCAAGUGAUGGGAAACUCAAAGGGAAGGGGGAUUGUUUUACAUUAGGGAACCUUGCAGCACGAGGUUUGUCUUCCCAUUGUGUUAGAGCAUAAUUUACAGAUCCAAAGCAGUCUCCAGAAGCACCAAGGCUCUUCAUGAAAUGGGCUGGGGUUUUGUUUUGUGUGUUUUCUUACCAGUUUGUAUUCUUUUCGUGUCUGUCUUUGUUAUCCUCAGGAGAGCUUACAGGACAAAAUUUAGGCUGACAGGAUUGUACUGCUUGCCUCAGGCUUUUUUUUUUUUGGUUUUGUUUUUUUUGUUGUUGUGUUGUAAAACAAGUAUUUCUCAGUUACAAGAAACCAAACACACACCCUGUAAGAAGUGAAUACUGAUCUUUGAAUAUGACUUCUCAUUUCUAAAGGAUAGAAUUUAUGUUACAGGCUGAUUUUCUCCUACUCAGCCCCUCCAGGUUUGCUUAGGGGUUCUUUGAUUGUUCUAUUUUUUAAGGACAAAAUGUGGUAUUCUGCAGUUUUGUAGCCAAAUUGCCAAAGGUAAAAACCUGGGCUGUUAUUCUCAUCCACAAGCACCUCUGCUUCAAACAGGCAAAACACCUGAAGGAGUUACACAAACUGUGAAGAGGUAAGUGCCCUCUAGAGCCAAAUACCUGAAAGCAAGAUGGUGUUAUAAACCAUGUAUCUCAGCUUUUCUGUUUUCAGAAGUUUCACAUGAAUAUUUGAGUGAAACGUAAGACUGUUCUCUGUGUUAAGCACCUAUUGUUGCAGGAAAGGUGUAGUGGCAUGGGAGAAAGCCUUAUAGCAUAGGUAGGAAAACAUUAGAGAUCUUAAAAAUGGGCUAUUUAUUGACCCAUGUUAGAAAAAGAGGAAGGAAAGUGCUUAGUAGAUGGAUAAAAUGUGGCAGCAGCUUCCUAGUCUUAACUGUGCUGCUGAAUCUCACUUUUGUGAUAUCCUUUUUCAUGUGAGAAGACAUCUGAGGCUUUGUGAAUGCAAAUAGGCCCAAAGGAAGCUGCCUGUGCUUGCUUGCACCCUGGUACCACGGUUUGGUCUGAUGUAAUCUGGGGACAGGGGAGGAGGAGGUUAGAAUCAGCAGUGAGCAGAGAAAGGCUGCCCUUAAAACAUUUUAUCCUUAGCAGGCAGGGUGUGGUACAACUCCUGCUUAGUUUGACCCUUGGCACGGUAGGCAGACAGGUAGCCUG